ACGAGGGGGAGAGGCAGCAACAACAGCAGCAGCAGCAGACCUUUAAUGGCGGAAGGGCAGCUGUUGUGGUGAAGGUCGUGGUGAUAAUAAGUGAUAAUGUUCCGGUUGGCAGGUAUCAACGGCCACUCACAGUAGCGGGACAUUGACCACAGACUGAGGGCUUUGGUGUGGUAUGGUGUGGUGCUUUCGAUACCCUCCAUAACUCUCUCCUGUAGUUCCCAGAGCUUGUUGGCAUUGGGUGGAGGAGCAGGUCUAAUAUCCUACACAAGACCCUUAGUCAUGGCUGCUGGUCCUUCCUUCUAUGAGUUCAGUGCUGUGGACAUAGAUGGCAAUGAGGUGUCCAUGGAAAAAUAUAAGGAUCGGGUGUGUAUUGUAGUCAAUGUUGCAAGCAAAUGAGGCAAGACUGAUGUGAACUACACCGAACUGGUGCAGCUUCACAAGAAGUAUGAGCCUCAGGGCCUCAGCAUCCUGGCCUUCCCCUGCAAUCAGUUUGGAGGCCAGGAACCUGGCACAGAGGCGGAGAUAAAGAAGUUUGCUGAGGGCUAUGGGGUGAAGUUUGACAUGUUUUCCAAAGUAAAGGUGAACGGUAGCGAUACUCAUCCUCUUUGGGACUUCUUGAAGACCAAACAGGGUGGGAUGCUCGGCAACUUCAUCAAGUGGAAUUUUACUAAAUUCUUGGUGGACCGCAGUGGUAAUCCCGUGUCCCGCUACUCUCCACAGACCAAUCCCAAGCCAACCAUUGAGAAGGAUCUGGUCAAGUUGUUAUAAUGGCAGAGACUCCAAGACAGGGAUGAAGGGGGGAGUGCCAGGUUUGCAGGCUGGUCACUUCCUCCCAGCCUCCUCUUGAUGCAGCAGGGACUGAGAAGGCGGAGAAAAGUCCUUAUGAAGGUCUGUGGGCAACCUUGGCAGCCAAGACCCAAUGACUGGAAGUGUUAUUCUCUUCUUGACCUGUUCAGUUUCUGCUGUCACGUCUCUACAUCAGCUGCACGACCUCCACAUGUAUUCAGGGCUCAUCUUCAUGUGCCAUGUAUGACUCCCCACUGCAGGUAAUGCUAGUCGUUUGUGUUGUAAGGCAGCUCUUUAAUCCUGGCCAUUUUCAUCUACUUUGUUAUUGUAAUUGUUUGUAAUUAUUAUUAUUAUUAUUAUUAUUAUUAUUAUUAUUAUUAUCAGUGUGUUGUUAUUUAUUAUCUAUUUAUUUUGUAAUUUAUUUAUUCAUUAUUUAUUUAAUUAUUUGUUAAUCUUAUUUUAUUGUUUUUUCAUAUGCUCAUGUGCGUACUACCUUCUGUGGUAUGGUGCAGACAUAUUUUGUAUGUUGUAGUAAGAAUCCUUGCCAUUCAGUUUCCUCAGUUUCUUUCCAUUAAGUAGAAUUUGUACAGUAAACAUCAAUAAAACUAAAGUGUAA